AUGGCAAUCUACAGAGAAAGACGAAAAAUAUACCCAGCUUUGCCAAAAUCUAGAGCGGACGUGCAUGAUACUUUGGAUGUGCUUAAGAUUGAAACCAACAAGAAUGAAGAGUUUUGUUUAGUUAAUGAUAAAGAUGAAGGAAUUGUCAUCUUUUCAUGUCAUGCCAACCUCGUCGCCCUAUGUACACAAGUGAAAGAACUGUCUUCUGAAGAAGAACUGUCUUCUGAUGAUGAAUAUAUUCAUUCAGAAACAGGAAGCAGUUCAUCAAGUGAAGAGUCUCUCCAUGAUGAUUCUGAAAAUCAAAUCACUGAAGAAGAGCAAGAAAAUGAGGAAGAAAAUGAGGAAGAAAUUUUGAAUGAAGACACAAGUCCACCAAAUGCCGAGUGGACAAAAGUGACUAAGAAAGCUCGACAACAUGGAUUUACUGGGAAAGAAGAACUUUGUGUAACUGUGCAUCCAUCGUCUACAGAUAACCAAAUUUGGCCUAUUGAUGUUUACAAACAAAUAAUUACUGAUGAUAUUAUAAAUCUAAUUGUUCAAGAAACCAAUCGAUAUGCUGAGCAGAAAAUUUCUUCGGUUACUGUAACAAGAAGAUCGAAAUUACGGCAGUGGGUUCCUACAAAUAACGAAGAAAUUGAAAAGUUUAUUGGACUUAUCAUUUACAUGGGAUUGGUUCCAUUCCCUGAGAUCCAAUUAUAUUGGUCUAAAAGCAUCCUUUAUAAGAAUGAAAUUGUUCCAAAAACAAUGAGUAGAGACCGCUUCCUCUUGCUCUUGCAAAUGUUACAUUUUUGCAACAAUGAAGAACCUAAUGUGGGAAGAGAUUGGAAAAUAAGAAAAUUACUAGAUAUGAUUUUGGUGCAGUAUCAAUCAAUCUAUAAAUCAGGAUCUGAUGUUAUAAUUGAUGAGAGUAUGGUGCCUUUCAGAGGCCGUGUCAUUUUCAGACAGUACAUCCCUGGAAAGAGCCAUAAGUAUGGAUGCAAACUGUUCAACUUUGCACUCCUGAGGAUACACUCUAAACAUGGAGUUAUAUACUUGUAG